AUGCCACCGGGGCGGCAAGCCCCGAUCUACCUUCCUCUUGGAGGUUUCCCCUCAAAAGCAGAAAUCUCGAGAAAAGUGGACGAGCUGUCUAUUGGCCUGGGUGACAUCAACCACCAAAUCUAUCAAGAAAGCCUCUCUAUGGAAAGACUCAUCGAGCAACGUGUCGAAAUUUCGAAGAAGAUCAAGAUGCUCCACUCUUGGCACGCUCCUAUCCAUGGUAUUCCCAACGAGGUCCUCUGCGAAAUCUUUUCCUUCUGCUUCCCGGAAGACCACGACUGCGUUAUGAGCGUCGAUGCUUUCCCGCUUGUUUUGGCUCGUGUCUGCAAAAGAUGGCGAGACCUUGUAUUCAGCCACCCACUCCUAUGGACUAGUGUCCACAUACCGAUGUUGCCUCCUCCUCCCCGCUCCGACUCUCAUAUGUACGAGAACAGUGAUGAAAGCCUGCUUUUCCGUGAAGAGCUUCAGCUAAAGGUCAGAUCCCACUUGCAGUUCGUUUCUAGAUGGCUCUCUCGCUCCGGAAGCACCCAUUUCCUUUCCACGACUCUCAGCUGCCCUCCGAGCGCGUGGUACGACGCAGACAAGUAUAGCCGUAUCCCACAGACUUACCUCGAAUUUCUUUUCCUACACGGCAGGCGGUGGAGAGCCAUCAAGGUGCAGUCCGCCGACCUCACGAUGACUGAUUUACUCGGUCGACUGGUGACGCAACAGUUUGUGAACCUGACGAAGUUGGAAUUGGAACUCGCAGCUCCCGGAUUUCAGCGGUCUUCGAGCGAUGCCAACUUGUCUUGGGGAGCGACAGCGAACUUGCUCGCCAGGCCGGGAAUACGCACAUUGUGCUUGAAGUGCGUCCUCACUGGGAUCUCCAGAACGAAGGUCUCAUGGGGGUCCUUGACCCAUCUUGUCUUGGGUAUCGGUGUGAGUAGAUCUUGGCCUGGCAACUAUAUGCCCGACGGCGCGAUUUCUGUUGCAGAAACCCAUAUCAUUCUUGCGCAAUCUGCGAACCUGGUCGAGUGCAAACUGGUGUUGAGCGAAAAAGAGGGGAAUAUGCAAUCUCCCGACGAGGAUGAUUGGGAUCCGAUCCUCCUGUACAGCCUGGUAUCACUUCAGGUCACCGAUCUGGGGUCUAAAACUAUCCCAAAGCUUCUCUCUUCGAUUCGCGCCCCAUGUCUGGAUAGGUUGGAGUACUACAAUACCUUUCGGCGACCAGAACCAGGUGUCGUGGCCGCUCUCAUUGGGAACCCAUGGACAACUGCAACGCGACACCUUGCGUUGGACACGAGAUAUUUCGAGAAGAAGGACCUCAAGAAAUGCCUUGCAGCUUUCGGGCACAUCAAUUCCUUCGCGGACGAACCCACCACUUUUCGCUUUUCUCGUAGUCCAAAGAUCAGGAAGCCUCUAGCAACUGCCAACAUUCUUCUCGCUCUCCUCUUACCAGACAAAAAAGGGGUGGUGGACUGUCCCCAACUGAGGACCAUAAUUCUCAAAAAUGGCAAAGAUGUGAAGGACAUCACUGUCCUUAAUUUCGUCAAGGACCGAUUGACGUGCAGCCUGCAAUCUGGAUACUCGGAGUGCACGAAGCUUCAGCGCGUAGCGGCCACCCUCGAUCACACAAGUCCGACGGAUGCCGAUGUUGUAUCCAAAGCGCGAGAGAGGCUAGAGGCACAACUUUGUUUGGAGUUGCAGUAUGCACCGGUGACGAAGCCCCCACCCAAGAAUCCUUAUUCCCCAUGGGCCGGAAUCGCUAGAAAUGAUUCUGAAGAUCAUAGCCUUUGA